AGUGGUCAGUGUGUACAUGUACAUUUAGGUUGUGUUUCUUGUUUAUACAGCGAGGAGUACAAAAAACUACAAAUGAAUGUGCUUGCUAAUCAGAAAAAAAGAUCAAGUUACAGAGCCUGUAGUGGAGAAACAAACAGAAAUAUUGUAACCAGCUGAUGUGUCAGGGAAAUGCCUCCACUCAUGCUUUCAUUUCUGCAGAAAUUCCAUGCUUGGGGUAAACUACGCACGCUCUUUCCGGCUUUGUGAAUUUUUGCUGUGUAGAGUUUUAGGCUGUCUGCCAAAUCCAGUUCUGUAAACAUGUUUACAGUGAGCCCCAGUGUUGUGCCAAACAUUCCAACACGAGUUGAGCAGUCAGACAGGUUUUUCUUGUUGAUAAUUUCCUGAUGUACAUACGUGUACAUGUGUAGUAAGCUCUACUGUGCCUGAAUUAUUAUCCCAUUGACAGUGAACAUGACACUGUAUGACCAACCUGUUGUCAAGGACACUAGACAGCGAAAUGCCCCCUUGGAUUAGGCAACUGUACCUUCAGUUUAUCAACUUCUCAUGCAAUGCAUGCAUUCUCUGAAUGUUGUUUGUAUCAAGUUUGUACAGUAUAAACUAGCUCAUCUGAUCCUAUGAUGAACUGAUGCCUUGGAAUGUCACUUAUUUGUUAUUGAAUCUCAGUUUUGCUAUUGUCAUGGUCAAGUAUUCAUGUAAGUUGUGCUGAAUAGAAAGGAACGGGAAAAUAUGAGGUCCAGUUCUUGAUUGAGUCACUAUGGGGAUUGACAGCAACAACAGGGCAGGCAGCGGUGCAGCCUACUCCCGUUUUGCCGAGGAAAUGGACAUAGACUCUGUCAAUCUCAGUAUGCAUGGCUCCUCUGUGAAAUCCCCGGGUAUUAGAGGCUUUUGCAUGACCCACUGGAAGACGCUGAUUGUGCUGGUUAUCGCACUGCUGUGUUUUGGCAUCGGUAUCAUCAUGGGACAUUUCAUAGCCGGUGCUUGUAUAGUGAAAACCAGCACCAAUGGAGUUUAUAAAAAUCAGACUUCAAGUCCAAACAAAGGCGGUGAUUCUUCGGCCAGUCCAGUCGCAGCUUGUCCAACCGGGCCUAUCAAUGCCAGUCCAGCCACCGCCAGGCCUACCAAUGCCAGUCCAGCCACCGCCAAGUCUACCAUGCAGCCAACGUCAGCCUACGUAGACAUGAUAAAUGGACUUAUUGAAAAGGGAAAUCUUCGCUCCAAUUUACAAACCUAUACAAAUGGAGGCCAUCAUGCAGGCUCACCAGGAAACCGAGACAAAGCCCAUACCAUCACCAACACUUGGACCAGCUACGGUUUUGAUGUUGUCCAGAAAAAUUACCAAGUAUUAUUGUCAAGACCUAACCCAGCCAACCCCAAUAGCCUGUCAGUUUAUGACAUGUCAACACAGAGCGACGUAAACACGUUCAUACCAGACGACAUCAGUGGGAUGACGGUGGAUAUGCUGCAGCCAUUUGCAAUCUAUGGAGCCAAUGCAUCAAUAACGGCAAAACCAAUCUAUGUCAACUACGGAAGGACCGAGGAUUUCAAUUUGUUGCAUAGGGAAACAGAGUUGAAUUACAGUGGUUGCAUUUGCCUCGCCAGAUUGGGGAAGAUUCCCUUAGCUCAAAUGGCUGAAAUCAGCAAGGACCGAAAUUGCACUGCCCUUGUUGCUUUUCCCGAUCCCAAGACUUACGCCAAUCCUAAUGGCAGGACAACAGCAGAUAGUUCCUUCCCAAGCACCUGGUGGCUUCCUCCGGAUGCGGUGCCUCGUGAGUCAGCCAGGCUCAGUAUGGGUGACCCGUCAACUCCAUUCUUCCCUUCCAACAAUGUAGCACCCCGGAAACCUCUGUCCUUAGUAGAAGACUUUCCUGUUCUCACAAUCAGCUAUGAGACUGCAAAGGGACUUCUGAGGGACAUGCAUAGCCCCCCUGCCAUUCGUGACUGGACCAUUGUGGCCGACCAGACUUUCAUAGGGCCAGGCUUCCAGGAUGCAAGCCACCGUCUCAAACUCGACAUCUUCAAUACUCUGAGCUUGGUUGAUAUCACCAAUGUUAUUGCAACCAUUCCGGGAACCACUGAAUCAGAUCGUUAUGUAAUCAUCGGCAAUCAUCGUGAUUCAUUCACGCAAGGCAUGGUCAGCCCUGGUACGGGUACAGCUUGCUUGAUGGAAGUGGCUCGAGUCUUGUCAGAAUUAAUAAAGAAAGGAUGGAGGCCCAGACGGACUAUCAUCCUAGCUAGCUGGGAUGCAGGGGAGGAUGGAUUGAUUGGCUCAACAGAAUGGGUGGAAGAAAACCUGGAGAAGCUGCAUUCUCGAGGUGUGGCAUACAUCAACCUAGACGAUGCUGUGUCUGGUAACUACAGCUUUGCCGCUGCUGGCAGUCCUCUCCUCUCCAAAGUCAUCUUUCAGGCUACCCAGGACGUGAGUUGUCCUGACCAAUCCCAUCACAGCAUGAGUAUUCAUCACAAUUGGGCAUCAAGGAGACCGAUCAGUGCAUCCAUCCAGCAGCCUCAACUGGACCCACUGGGCAAGUCAAGUGAUUCAGCUCCCUUCUUAAUGCUGGCUGGAGUACCAUCGGUGGAUUUGCAAUAUGUUUAUGAUGAGGAGUAUUACAAUGUGCCGAGAUAUCCCACCUUCCGGACCUGGUACGACCAAGCCCAGAACAUCAAUCUCUUCAUUGAUGACGACUUCUCAAUCCAUGCGGCCGUGACGGAAGUCACAGCAAGGGUGCUGGUCACCCUGGCCGACACGCCCAAACUGUCGAUGAAGCUGACCGACUACAGCGAUGCUUUAACCAGAUAUGUGCAGCAGUUCAAAGCAUGGUACGGUGGCCUGCUCCAGACCCACGGAAUAUUUUUAGAUGAUUUAGAAACAUCUGUUAACUUCUUUUCGAGGAUGGCAAGUGCCUUUCAGGAGCAAUUCGAUUCCAUCGAUGAAACCGAUGAAUUCACUUUGCGGAAACUGAAUGACAACAUCAUGUCUGUAGAGAGAGCAUUUCUAAUCAAUGAAGGUGUACCAUUUAAUCCUGAAUCAAGGCAUCUGAUCUACAGCGCCAACGUGACAUCCGUCUACAAGGGGGCAUUCUUUGGUCCACUGUCUCAAAUGAUCGUCACGGAGAGGGAGCAUGGUAAUUGGAACUUGGUUGAAGAAACUCUUGGCUACACAAUCCUUGGUCUGAAUCAAGCUGCAAAUAUCCUGUCCAGUGUGACUUCGUAAUGGUAACUUGUAGAAAAUCUUCUCUUCAGUUAUGUAGAUUUUAUUUUCCUUUUUAUCCUUUUUCUUGGUCAGUUAAAAUUGCUUUCCCUGAUAUGGGAACAUAUAUUCAACUUUCCCUCUCUUGUGUGUUUUUUGUUUGUUGCAUUUUAUUUUCAACAUGACUGAAGACUGAUUUUUAUCAAACAACUUGCAGUUAUGUCAAGUGUUCCAAAAAAUCUGCCACAAUGUAACAUUUGGCCAGUUUUAUGGGAUUUUUUCGAACACAGAACUAUCCCACCCAGGCACUGUCUUGGAGGAUUGUUGGAUAUACAUUUAUUUAUGCAAUGAUUGAAGAUAGGAGUGUUAUGUUGUUCCAUUAACUCUAGACAACUCUACAAAACCUAACAACGCCCCAAAACAUACACAAGUGGAAAUCUUUCAAUCCAGUUUGUCUAGUCCUUUGACCUCUCAUAUUCACUACCAUCUUCACUCUCUGUCCACUCAAUAUAAUUCUGCAUUGACUUUUUCAAACCAACUGUUGAUCUUGUCUCGGCUUUUGACUAUACUCUGAAAAUGUCUGUAAAUAAUCCCACAGAAUGUAUAAAAGUUUGUACUUGUCUCUUUAAACUUUGAAGGAAAAUAUUUUGCAUUUAAGAGUAUUAUAUAGUAUAUUUGCAUUGAAGAAUGAAAUUUUUUGCAGGUUAAUGAUCACAAACAAAAAUGCUACCGAAAAAAGUUCAUUUUUGAAAUAGUGCAUGAUUUUAUGCAGUAAUGGAGAAGCUAUAAUCCCAGUGAUUUCAAUUGUUUAAAUAGUGUUGAUUACAAAUUUUUUUUACGAAUAAUUUUUUUACUAAUAAUUACAAACACUGCUGCUUAUGGACAUUCGAAAUGUGUAUAUACAUGUAUAUUAUAAACUGUGAAGCUAACAGUUUUUGUGCUGAAAAGUUUUGUCCCAAGAAAUGUAUCUAAACGUGUGUAGCGUAUCUGUGUUUGAAAACUGCUGAAACCAAAAGGCAAAAACAGAGAAGUUGCUAAAUUUUGAUGUUUACGUCCUGAAACAGACAAGAGUCUUCUUUGCAAUAUUAGAAUUUAGCUGCUGUCCAAGUAUUGAUUAAAGUGACUUUGACACUAUUUGUGAAGGCCUUCGUGUCCUGCCCUAAAGGGUGGCCACAUUAGCAAAAGCAUUAUCUUGAGUCGCUUCACUUUUUUAUGGAUGACAUCCAGAGGCCUCCGUUGCUCUGCAACUUUUGUAUUUUUUCGUCAUCAGUGCAAGAUUUAUUCAUACAAUUCUCCAGCAGGGGAUAUUGUGUAACAAAUGUUCAGGCUAAGCGGACGUGUACUGCACUUAGGACCAGUCUCAACAAAUUGAAAUCUUGGUCUUAUUUUUGUUUUAAAUUGGCCUCUUUUGACCAGCUAGACGUCAGCCUUCGGCCGAUAUUAACUUUAUUUCGAUAUUCUAUUUUCUGCUUUGAAGGUCUGAAGCAGUGCACUCAGCGUACAGUGUAUUGCAUGGUGUUAUAUUUUGUGUCAAAUUUUGACUUUUCGAAUUUUAUUUUAAAGAAAAUGUACCUCUGAACAGAAACGCGAAAUUUCAGCUUUACUUAAUGUAGUUGACUGGCGCGUAUGAUAACCAAAGCGUACCUUGUACUUGGGUCAGAUUUAUGCAUGUUUAAUUAAUUGAAAGCAUUUUUCUCUCGCAUUGUUCUUAUAUUUGUGUUUUGAACUCUCCUGCAAACUUACCUUUGUUAUUUUUUUCUCCAUUUUUGUUCUACAUACGUUGAAAUUUUCCGGCAAACCCUAGUCAGAAAAAUUACACCCUACGGUCAAUUUUUGUGAAUUUUGAUAAAAGUGGUUGAAAUACCGUCUAUUGGAUAGAUAUUCAUGCAGACAUCUUUUUUCGUUUUGUUUUUCUUGUGUUUAUUUUUGAACCGUCCACAGCAUGUAUACAGAGGUUGAGAAGGUGGUGUACUUUGGAAGUUUCAAACUCGUAUAAAGAACAUUUGGAUGACUCCUGUGAAGAUUUUGUACAUAGUAAGACGGGAAUCAUCAGAACUCAGUCGCGAAGAGUAGACAUCUAGAGCUGCAAUAACUAGUUGUUGGCAGAAAUCACUAAGGUUACACUACACUUUAAUGUGUCACACCAGUAGUUUUAAAAAUUAAGGUACGCUUACUUUUGCAAGUUACUAGCACCUGUCCGGCUCGUAAGUGUGACGUCAUUGCAGUUUAAACCGCACCCACUUGCACGGUGUGGCAUAGAAACUAUCGGAACGGAGAGUAGUAAACAUUUCACUUCUUAGCUAAUGGCCAGUAGGCGUUAGUAAUGGCAGUGCCAGCGUGUAUGUGGCGCAGUCACGAACCAAUGGGAUUGGUGCAAGUAGCACAAGCGUGCGCGUAGAGAAAUGGUUGCAGCCCGAAGUCGUGGCUGCGGCUUGUAGUGUAACACAGACAUCUCUGAACAAUGGUGUUGCUAUUGGCCGAAGCCGUGAGUGUUACACCCAGACCUGGCCUAAGGCCUUCAAACACAAAUUUUACUGCAGAAGAGUCAGAAGGCAGCCUAUCGUGUUGAAUAACUUUACAGUGCAAUUUCUUUGAUUGUUUUCACAUGUUUGUGUGAUCAUGUGUAGUUACUAUCAUGUGCCUCCAAUCUUCGCACAAAAAUACACGAAGCUCUUUUGGUGGUGUUCUCAGAUGAGAAGGUUUAAUACGUUCCUCGUUUUUCACUUAUUAAAGCAAAUAACCUGUGUCAUCAUAAACAUUUACAUUUGGAUUGAUAAUAGGCUUGUUAAUUGGAGUUAUAUUUUCGUUGUUAACGUUCUGUGGAACACAUACGCGUACUUGAUAUGCUUAGAAUCCCCCACGUUACCCAAGUACUGGCAUAGGAGCUACAGUGGUCGUUAUUGAAAUACCCCAAGGCUCCAUUAUUGUUAUGCAAUGAAGUCUCAGGUUAAUGACUUUAGAAAUGCACUGUGUCGAGUGUUACAUGUUGUAGUAAAUUUUUGGCAAGAACCCUCGAGUCCUCAACCGCAAGAAAUAGAAGCCAGCGACAGCAUACAAGUGUAAUGCUUGCACAUGCUAGGUUUAGCUGGAAUUUUACACUUUUAGAGGAAAAAAUAGCUUCAACCUAUCAGAAUCGAUGGAAAAGUUUUAGCUGUCUGUGAGAAAUAUUUUCUCAGAGAGUGGCGCAGUAAUUUGCGUUCACGAAAUAUGAAGAUGGUCACACAUUUCCGAGGAUCUUUGGUAGCUUCAGAGCUAGCACCAACACCAUGUUCCAUAGGACGGCGUUGCUAAUUAGCCAGUACGGUAUCUCAAAAAACAAGGUCAUUCGGGAACAAAGCACGCGCGCGACGUGACGUCCGACGCACUUCAUUUUGGCCCUUCGCUGUUUGGAUACCGAGCCGGCUCAUCAGCACCGUUUCAUGGGAGUAGCGCGUACACAAAUUCGAAUCGUCACUCGGAGAUUUUAUCAGCUCCCAAUAAUGAGCCAGUUCAGCAUUACGACUGCGCAUGCCCAAAAUGAAACGCGUCCGAGGCCAUAUUCGGCUACAGCAAUACGCGCACGAGGUCUGCCCUGUCGGCGUGGUCAUACGGCCGGCAACUCGCACGUGAGCUCUGCUCUCGAAUGAGAUUUUCUUUUCGUGCAAAAGUUCCAUGAUGAAUAUUGAAAGUCAUCCUAAAUUUUAAGGGUUUGGAAUAUCUAGGAUCAAGUUAAUCAGGCUUUGUUUUUGUUUGUUGUUUUGUACAGCGUGUGUUUAUAGAUGUAUAUGUUUUUGCUCUGAAGUGAUUGUGUGCUUAAAGUUACUAGCCUAUGUUCUGUUCCUUGUGAAAUGCAAACAGGCUUGUACAGAAAUUGAUUGUUAUCUUGACUGUAUGUAAGAUAUAUAUUUUGAGGAGAUAUUAUUCAUCUGAGAUUCUUUAAGUUUGAGUAGCUAGAAUGACGCCCAAAUACCCCCGUUGAUUCCUUUAUACACUGCAGUCCUAUAUCGCUUUCUAAGGUAUGUUUAACAGUCUUCGAUAUUUAUUUGUAUUCAUGUACAUUGAGAAGGGUGUUCAUUGUAUUGUUGGUACCAAUCCUGUACCCACUAGAUAUUAUACCAGAGUGCAACAAUAAAUGUGAAAUCGCUUCAUGUGGA